AUGUCCCUCCCAUCACCUUUCCCUUCUCAGCUCGAGCUCAAGAAACCUGUUUGCGUCUUCUGCGGUUCUUCCCCCGGUAAACUACCGUUGUUCACCAAUGCAUCAGCUGCCGUCGGACAGGCACUCGCCAAAGCUAACAUACCGCUAGUGUAUGGUGGUGGUAGACGAGGUAUCAUGGGUGUCGUCUCUCAAUCAUGUCUCAAAGCAGGAGGUUACGUCCACGGUAUCGUACCUCGAGCUUUGACCGAACGAGCUUCCGAGCAUACUCCUGCUCCUGGGUCCGAGAGCAAGGGCAACGGCAAGAGCAAAGAAGGUCAAGGUGAAGAUGUCUUAUCCGAAUCCGAUAAUUAUGGUGAGAAAUUCACUACGAACGUAGUAGGAAGUAUGCACGAGAGGAAAUUAAAAAUGGCCAAGAUCUCUCAAGGUGGAUUUAUCGUACUUCCAGGUGGAUAUGGGACUUUUGAAGAAGCUUUGGAGAUGAUUACAUGGAAUCAACUGGGUAUUCACAGAUUACCUAUAUUAAUUCUCAACAUUGGCAAUUUCUAUACCCAUCUAUACAACCAAUUCAUCUCAUCUGUCGAAGCGGGUUUCAUAGCCCCCUCCAACUUAUCCCUACUGAAACUUGUCAAUCUCGAAGGUGGCGAAGAUGCCAAUACCGACGAAAGCCGAGCUGAAGAAUGGGGUCAGGCCGCCAUCAAAGCAUUAGACGAAUGGGAUCUGGCUGAAGGGACAGGAUAUGGGCUGGAUUGGGAAUUGAAGGAGAAACGUGCAGGAGGAAAUAAUGUGAAUUUAGAUGCCGAAUCCGUAUGA